AUGGCUGUCAUUGAUUGGCUUCAAACAUCAGAAUUUAUUCGUCAAAAUUCUGAAUCUUUUAUAUUAUAUUGUUUAUGUGGUGGUUUUAUUGGAAUUACUAUUAUUUUAUUAAUAGUUAUUAUUGUUCUUUAUAUUGAAAAACGACAUCAAACAAAUGAUGAACCUAAUAAAAUAACAAAUGAUUAUCAAAUACCAAGACAAGAUAUUGAAUAUAAUGAUAUUUUAUCAAGUACACGUCCUUAUUUACCUGUUUAUCAUUAUGAUGGUAGAAAUCAUCAUGAAUUUCAACGUGUAUAA